GCCAAUCAAACGCGUUGUCUCUGUCGAAAUUGAGCAGUCCACCACCAAAGACCAUGGCGCGCGGUGCUCGGAGCGUGACGUGCCGCGACUGCGGCUGCCUCAACUUCAGCUCGGAGCACGAGGUGUGCGAUAAAUGCCGCUCCAAGACGCUGGCGUUCCGCCCCACUGCGCGGCGACUCGCAACCAGUAGCAGCGCCUCAAACAAUCAACGCAAAGAAGAUUCGGAUAGUCGAGUUCCCUCAAUCGGCAAAAAGAGGAGGUACGACGAGACUAGAAAGGCCUCAGAUAAGAAAAGCGAAGACAAGAGUGAGCGAGAGAAAUCGGCACCAAUACCAGCACCAACGCCGCCUGCCAAGAAGCAACCGGACGUCAUCGACCUCGUAUCAAGCGACGAGGAGGACGAUAAUGAGGUGCAGCAGGUUAUUAGAGAGAGUUUAACGGCGAGCAGACGAGAAGACACGAAGGAAGACAAUAAUGAGCAUGUGCUGUUCCAGAGUCGCGUGUUUCCGACUGUGCCGUUCGUGGCGAGUGACUUCCCGUCGUUAGAGCAAGGGACGCAGAUGAGGAAGAAGGCGGCAGAUAAAGGACCGGUACACUCACAGCCUACGGGUGGGAAGGCUGCGAUAAAGAGUGGACUAGAGAAGGCUUCGACUUCAGUGUCGCAGCCAACACCACCGGUAUCUCGAGUGGCAAAGGAGAUGAUAGAAUCUAAACCGGAACCGAGACCGCCUAUAGAAGAGAAGGAGAAGACAGCGCCGGUAGAAGCGACGGAGAAGAAAGCAGAGAAUGAAACAACAAAGACGAAUGUGGAGAGUACAGUGGAUUCUGCAAUUACUGCGUCAACUGCUUCAAAGGUAAAAGACAAGCAAGAGAAGACGGAGAUUCGUGGCGAAGAGGACCCGUUCUUCCAGUCGCGAGUGUUUGAUGCUGUCGAAUUUGCAGCAUCGGACUUCGCCACUGUGUUUGAUGGUUUGGCAGUGGCUAGACGAAGCCAUCCACCGCCAUUGUCGUCGUCUACCGCAGCAAUUUCGACGUCUGUGAGACCAGCCGCCACUGCACCAACGUUAUCCGCGGGUCCUAAAGCAAACAAAGCGACAAAAUCAGCAACCGUAGCAGCACCAACCGCCACGACAGCUUCAAAACCAACCACAAAGACUGCUGAAACCUCAUCGAUUCAGGAGGCGUCAGUACCCAACAUGCCAACUGCAACUGCAGCAAACAGGUCGACAUCUUCCGCUAGUGCGAAGGUAUCUCCACCGGUACCCAAGGCAUCUACGACAACAGCGGAAGCGACAGCAGUGCAGCCUUCAUCCGCACAGCCAACACAAAAGCCUACAGUAGUGACACCACCUACCAAGACACCGUCAACUCAACCGACAACGCCAUCAACCAAGACACCGCUUACUCAGUCAAAGGCUGCAGCGGUGCCAUCAUCAACCAAGGCAGCGUCGACACCAAGACAAACGAAUCCAGCUCCGGACGCAACGGUGAAGCCAGUGAUAACUACAAAGGCACCUGCACAAGCUUCACCAUCUGCAGUGGUGGCUAAAGCUGUACCAGCAACACCCGUGGCUACAAAAGCGAAGGAAACAGCAGAAACAGCAAAACCACCAGCCUUUUCUGUUCCUGUCUCGGUUGUUGGGUCUGCUGCACUGAAGGGAUCAUCUGCUGGCAAUAGGCAAGUAAACGGGAGUGCUAAUGUGUUAUGGCCAAAGAAAAAACAUCCUGACAGUGUCCAGCGCACAAACAAGGAGAAACAACGCUCGAAGUCAACACCAACUAGCGCGACACCCCCGGCUGAUGUGGAUGGAGUUGAGUUUGUCAAGGUCAAUGCAUCACCCCGUGAAAUUCUACCCGUGGAGCCCCCUGUGCUGGGAUAUUGCAGUCCGGAGUUUUUGGCGUUUAUGCGUGAAUGUGGCGGUGACGACGGGGAUGAAGAGGAUGAUCCUGAAGAAGAGAGUCGCUCGCAGUUGAAGCUCUUAAACGUGGUGGACCUCACCAACUUGAGUGACUCUGAGGACAGUGACGUCGAGUCUCCAACGCCCACACCACGUGGUAAUGUGCCACACGAGAGUUUGCCUUCGAAUGGCCCAGCAGGAUCAGCGAGCCAAGCUGCUGUCAGCACAAAUGCAAAGGUCUCAGGAACAGGAACGUGGUACGUUCCAACGCUCGAGAGUGAGCGCAAGCGAUCGCAACCGGAAAAGGUCAUGUGUGAGCUGUGUGAAGCGAAAGGAUUGCCGUCCAGGUUGAUCCGCUGUCCUACAUGCACCAAGUACUACCACAAGAAGUGUGCGAAGGAGAAUGGCGAUGAAAACAUUUGCUGGAAUUGUGAGCUUGGGUCGAUGAUCGACGACAGUGAGCUGGACGCAGAGCAUGCCAAGCAUGACAGCGAGUAUUUAGCGUAUUUGAAAGCAAUACGACGCUCUCCGUCGCCGGAAGGUGAAGCAGACAAGCAAGAGGUAGAUGAAGAACAAGACGGCGAGGCUGCAGGAGAGGACGUUGGGAUGGCUACACCCGCAGAGGGUGAAGACAGCGAAGGCAAUGCGAAAAAAGCAGGCAAGCGAUGGAUGGAGUUUAUCGGAGACGCCACAGCUGACAUCGAUGCUACGUACCACGAGGUCACGAAUCGUAUUGCAGCGGAGCUUCGUGAUGAAGAGAAGAAACGUUUGUACUCGCGUGGAUUUGUGUCACGAGAGGAAUUCGAGCAACAGAUGACAGAGGUGGAGGAGUACUACAUCAACGAGGAAGCUCGUCUGCAGCAGCUGGAGCGUGAAAAGGCUCUCGAAGCGAAGAAAGCAGCCGAAGCUAGAAAGGCCCAGGAAGUAGCGGAACAGGUUAACGGUGACCAGUCUGGUGGUCCUCGUACUACUGAAAACAACGCACCUUCAGUACCAACAGUUGUCCAAGAUGGAGACGUAUCGGCGACCACUAUUGAAGCGCCAUCAAGUGCUACGAGCGGCCCCACGUCAGCCACGACAGCACCAAUGUCCGUUCCAGCAGCAACACCCUCAUCAACACCUCACCCCGCAGUACCUCCGCCAACACUAGUGCCAGUGGGUGUCCCAACAGCAGCUUUUUAUGCAGCAUUCAGUGCCACUGCCGCGAGACCAGCGCCACCUUCGAAAUCCUUAUAACUUGUUAACCCGUGCGUCGUCAUCGAAUAUUGAAACCCUACAACAUCAACUUUUGUCUACAACUUCAACACUAGCAAAUUCCUCACCACACUGAU